GCCUUGCGGCGGCGCUGGAGGUGCCGCUGCUCGACCCCCCGGCCGUGGCACGGGCGGCGGUCGACGCCCUGCAGGUGCUCGUCAUGUCGGACCUCGAGCUCUGCUUCUGGCCGCCCCCGCCCGCCUCGGCCGCCGACGCCCGCGCAGCGCUCCGCCGCCUGCGGCCCUGCAGCCGGCGGCGGGCCCUCGUGGCGGCCAGGACGGCACUGCAGUCCGCGGCCGACGCCGCCGCGAGCGCCGAGGAGGCGUGCUGCCUGCGCGCCGCGCUGGCCGUGGCGCAGCGCGAGACCGACGCCUUCUGCAGCGCGCCGCCCACCCAGCCAGCUGCCGGAGGCGAUAUGCCGUUGCUGACGGGAGCCGAGGGCGGCGGAGUAUGGGCGCACCCGUCGCUGCGGUCGCGCCCGCUGCUGGACCGCGGUUCUGGGCUGGUGGCGGCCGCGGGGCCCAUCGGCGCCGGGGAGGACGUCCUCCGCGUGCCGGAGAGCGCGUUGCUCAACGUUUUCUCCGCGCUGCAGUCGCCGACCUUCGGCCCCGCUGGCCGUGGCCUGCUCGCGGCCGGCGUGCACGCCGAGGCCGUGACGAUGCUCUUCGCGAUCGCCGAGAAGCGGCGCCGCGCGGCCAUGGCGGCGGGGGAGGCGGCGGCCAUGGCGGCCGAGGCACCCUGGCUGGAGCUCCUCGCCCGCGCGCCGCCGCUGGAGGAGGCCACGCAGCUCGCCGCGUGGCCCCGCGAGGCCGUCGAGGCCCUGGGCAGCGAGGAGAUCGCCGGCGCGGUGGCGACCUCGGUGGCGUCGCUGUGGGACCUGUGCCGCAGCGCGAAGGACGCCGUCGCCGCGCUGCCCGAGGCGGCCAGGGAGGCCCUCGGCGGCCCCGUGGGCUUCGACGACCUGCUGUGGGCGCGGUGCCUCUUCGACGGCCGCGCGGUGGAGGUGGACCUGGAGGCGCCGCCCGGGCUGCGGGCCGAGGCGGGGGAGGCCCCGCCGAACGGCGAGGAGGGGCCAGCGCAGCAGUGGGUGCUCCUGGGCGGCGGCGUGGCGCCGCAGCAGGCCAGGGUCGCCUGUCCUCGGCGAGUGGUGUGCCUCGCUCCCGUGGUCGACCUCCUGAACCACAGCGCCAACGGGGCCUGCGCGCCGCCCCACUUCUGCCCGCAGCGGCGCGCCCUCGUGCUGGCCUCCAUCGCGCGGGUGGCAACGGGCGCCGAGCUGUGCCUCUCCUACGGGGCGCUGCAGAGCUGGGAGCUGCUCAUGUACUACGGCUUCUGCCCGCGCGAGAACCUACACGACCGCCUCACUCUCAGCCUCUCGCCGCCGGACGCGGGGCCCAGCGCCGCCGUGCGCGAGGUCCUGGCGAACCUGCACGGCGUCCCCUCGGAGCACGCCCUGCGCCCCGCGGCGGCCGCGGCCGAGGAGGUCGCGGCCGGCGAGGGCGAAGGGUGGGACCGGCUCGGCAUUGCCCCGCCCCAGCUCCUGCGGUGCCUCCGCCUGUUCCUCGCCGAGGACCCGGAGAGGGUGGACCUGAGCGCGGCGCCGGGGGCCGCCUGCGUGCUGGAGCUGGAUUGCCAGUGCCUGUCCGCCAUGGAGGCGCUGCUGCAGGGGAUGGCGGAGCCCUUCGGGCCGCUGCAGGCCCCGCUGCCGCUGUGGUACCCGCUGCACGGCGCCGCCGUGGAGGCCUUCCGCGCCUCGCAGCGGGCGCUGGUCGCAGCCAACGAGGGCGCGGUGGCCCGCCUGCGGGAGAGGCUCACG